UUUUCAAGUUUUAAUAAAAAAAUUUCUUUUCUUUUUUCAGUUUUACUAUUUAAUUUAUCUAACAAAAGAUCUCAAAAAAUGCGUGAAAUCGUCCAUAUCCAGGCUGGACAAUGUGGCAACCAAAUUGGUUCCAAGUUCUGGGAAGUCAUUUCGGAUGAACACGGAAUUCAACCUGAUGGAUCAUACAAGGGAGAAUCUGACUUGCAAUUGGAGCGAAUCAAUGUUUACUACAAUGAGGCUCAUGGUGGAAAGUAUGUCCCGAGAGCUGUACUUGUUGAUUUGGAACCGGGAACGAUGGACUCGAUAAGAGCUGGACCAUAUGGAGAACUCUUCCGUCCAGACAACUUUGUCUUUGGCCAGAGCGGUGCAGGAAACAAUUGGGCCAAAGGACAUUACACUGAGGGCGCGGAGUUGGUCGACAAUGUUUUGGAUGUUGUUCGAAAAGAGGCUGAAGGUUGUGAUUGUCUUCAAGGCUUUCAAUUGACUCACUCGCUUGGUGGAGGAACUGGCUCUGGAAUGGGAACUUUGCUCAUUUCAAAGAUUCGUGAGGAGUAUCCGGACCGAAUCAUGUCUUCCUUCUCUGUUGUUCCGUCACCUAAGGUCUCUGACACUGUUGUGGAGCCCUACAACGCAACUCUUUCUGUUCAUCAACUUGUUGAGAACACCGAUGAGACUUACUGCAUCGACAACGAGGCUCUGUAUGAUAUCUGCUUCCGCACUCUGAAACUCCAAAAUCCAACUUAUGGAGAUUUGAAUCAUCUCGUCUCCGUAACCAUGUCUGGAGUGACUACUUGUCUUCGCUUCCCAGGCCAAUUGAACGCCGAUCUUCGCAAGUUGGCAGUCAACAUGGUUCCAUUCCCACGUCUCCACUUCUUCAUGCCUGGUUUCGCUCCACUUUCGGCUAAGGGCGCAGCUGCCUACCAGGCCCAAAAUGUUGCUGAACUUACCAAACAAAUGUUCGAUGCCAAGAAUAUGAUGGCUGCUUGUGAUCCUCGCCAUGGACGUUAUUUGACUGUUGCUGCCAUCUUCCGUGGACGCAUGUCAAUGCGUGAAGUGGACGAUCAAAUGAUGUCAGUUCAAAACAAGAAUUCGUCAUACUUUGUUGAAUGGAUUCCGAACAACGUUAAGACUGCCGUUUGUGACAUUCCUCCACGUGGUCUGAAAAUGUCUGCGACCUUCAUUGGCAACUCCACGGCCAUUCAGGAACUGUUCAAACGCAUCUCUGAGCAAUUCACGGCCAUGUUCCGUCGCAAAGCCUUCCUUCACUGGUACACUGGCGAAGGUAUGGACGAGAUGGAAUUCACUGAAGCCGAGUCCAACAUGAACGACUUGAUUUCUGAGUACCAGCAAUAUCAAGAUGCGACUGUUGAAGACGAAGGAGAAUUUGAAGGUGAAGAUACCAAUCAAGCAGCUGUUGAACAAGAAUAA